AUGGCUCAAAUAAAAAUGAACUUAUUAAAGAAGCUAUGUGCAGAAGCCUACGCUACAGCUCUCCUGACCCUCGUUAUCGUAGGCAAAAAUCUCGACGGUCCACUAGUUGGUUGUGCCUUUUGGAUGUGCAUCCAAGGCACAAACAUGAUUCACUCCUUCCACUUUAAUCCAUGCGUCCAAAUUGCAUCAAUCAUUCACAAAAAAGCCUUAAAUCAGCUUACUAAUAAAGAUAGACAGUACUUGCUAUGGUCUAUCUUUGCCCAAAUCAUAGGAGCAAUUCCUGGUGUUUUCGCUGCAUGGUGGAUAUAUGAUUCAGAUUUCUAUUACAAAACAGGACACAAAUACAAUGAUGCUCAGAAAUUUUUUGCUGAGAUGUUAUUUUCUGUCCAUUUUAUUCUGUGUACAAUGGGUAUUACAUUCUGGCCAGAUAAUAAAUUGAUAGGGAGUUUGGUGGUAUCUGGUGCACUGACUGCAGGGAUAGAAACAGUUGGCCAUAUUUCAGGCGCAUGCUUUAAUCCGACUAUUUGUUUUACAGUGAAUAUUAUACAAGGAAUCAGAACUGGGGAUUCAGAACAUUUUGAAUAUCUUUGGCUAUAUUUUACUGCCCCAGUAAUAGCUAUAUUUAUUUCUGCAGGACUAGCAUGUAUUAUUCAUUUUCCACCAGAAAAAACGAUUCCUAAGCUUGAAGAAGUAAAAGAAAAGAAAAGAAAUAAAAACACAGGCCAUGAAGUGGUAGAAACAGUUCAUAGUAUAGAUCUUCAAGUAGCGAAAAAAGUUUAA